CCGCCAGUCCAUACCCUCAGCUCGCCGUUGCGACAAGCCUUCAAGAUGCCGAGCCACAAGAGUUUCCGCACCAAGCAGAAGCUUGCUAAAGCUCAGAGACAGAACCGUCCUAUUCCCCAGUGGAUUCGUCUCCGCACUGGUAACACCAUCAGAUACAACGCCAAGCGGAGACACUGGCGCAAGACCCGUCUCGGUAUCUAAACUCGUUCAAGCCGAUCA